AUGGCGGCCUCGAUCAACCAGUCACAUCCGCGUCAUGACGUACCUGACACAGGGCCAAAAAUGGUCAAUCGCUUGCACCAAAGCAAAUCCCCUUAUGUCCGAGCACAUAUGAACAACCCGGUAGCAUGGCAAGUCUGGGAUGCAGAAGCUAUGGAGCUUGCCAAGAAGCACAAUCGUUUGAUCUUUCUCAGUAUCGGUUACUCCGCAUGUCAUUGGUGCCAUGUCAUGGAAAAAGAAUCGUUCAUGUCAUCAGAGGUGGCGUCGAUUCUGAAUGAGUCCUUCGUCCCCAUCAAGGUUGAUCGCGAAGAGCGACCAGACAUCGACGACAUCUACAUGAAUUAUGUCCAGGCCACAACGGGUUCUGGUGGCUGGCCCUUGAAUGUGUUUUUGACUCCUGACCUCGAGCCUGUGUUUGGUGGCACUUACUGGCAAGGCCCCAAUUCAACCACAUUUACGGGCCCCGAGGCAAUCGGGUUUGUGGAGAUCUUGGAAAAACUGAGAGAUGUCUGGCAGACACAACAGCAACGUUGUCUCGACAGCGCUAAAGAAAUCACCAAACAAUUGAGAGAGUUUGCCGAGGAAGGGACGCACUCGCAGCAAGGUGAUCGAGAUAAUGAUAAGGAGGAGGAAAUGGAUAUUGAGCUUCUAGAAGAAGCCUAUCAGCAUUUCGCAUCUCGAUACGACUCGGUCAAUGGCGGGUUUGGCCGCGCACCCAAAUUUCCUACACCGUCUAACCUCAGCUUCCUUCUCCGGCUCGGUGCCUACCCGACCCAGGUCACGGAUGUUGUAGGGCAUGAUGAGUGUGAACAAGCAACUGCGAUGGCCGUCACGACACUAGUGAAUAUGGCUCGUGGUGGCAUUCGGGAUCACAUCGGCCACGGAUUCGCACGGUAUAGCGUGACGACGGACUGGGGUCUCCCCCAUUUCGAGAAGAUGCUUUAUGACCAGGCACAGCUGUUGGAUGUCUACGUGGACGCUUUCCGGCUCACUCAUGACCCUGAACUUUUAGGCGCUGUCUAUGAUCUGUCUGCUUACUUGACGAGCUUCCCGAUACAGUCGCCCACCGGAGGGUUCUUUUCCUCGGAAGAUGCCGACAGUUACCCUCAUCCCAAUGACACCGAAAAGCGGGAGGGUGCGUUUUAUGUCUGGUCGUUGAAGGAACUCACUUCAGUCCUCGGCCCUCGGGAUGCUCCAGUUUGCGCCAAACACUGGGGUGUUCUCCCUGAUGGCAAUGUUCCACCCGAGUACGACCCGCAUGAUGAGUUCAUGAACCAGAACGUGUUGUCCAUCCGUGCCACGCCGAGCACACUCGCUAAAGACUUCGGUCUUAGCGAGGAAGAAGUGGUUAAGAUCAUCAGGUCGUCAAAGCAGAAGUUGCACGAUUACCGCGAACGAACACGCGUUCGGCCAGACCUGGAUGACAAAAUUAUUGUGGCCUGGAAUGGAUUGGCGAUCGGUGCGCUUGCCAAGUGUAGUGUUCUGUUUGAGGAGAUCGAGAGCUCCAAGGCUUUGCAUUGUCGCGAAGCGGCAGCUCGGGCAAUCAGCUUCAUUAAGGACAAUCUCUUCGACAAAGCCACCGGACAGCUAUGGCGCAUUUACCGCGAUGGAAACCGUGGAGACACCCCAGGUUUCGCUGACGACUACGCAUACUUGGCUAGCGGGCUGCUCGACAUGUAUGACGCUACUUACGACGACAGCUAUCUUCAAUUUGCCGAGCGAUUGCAAAAGUACCUCAAUGAAUACUUCUUGGCUCAGAGUGGCUCUACAGCUACCGGAUACUACAGCACACCUUCCGUCACCACCCCUGGCAUGCCUGGACCGCUCCUUCGUCUGAAGACUGGCACCGAGUCAGCAACACCUUCGGUAAACGGAGUCAUUGCGCGUAAUCUGCUGCGCCUAUCCGCUCUAGUCGAGGAUGAGAGUUAUCGGACUUUGGCCCGGCAGACGUGCAACACCUUCGCGGUGGAGAUCAUUCAGCACCCCUUCCUGUUCGUAGGAAUGCUGGACGUGAUCGUGGGCCUCCAGAUUGGCACUCGCACGGUGACGGGUGUGUUCUCCACCGCCGAUAUCUCCUCGAUCCCUAAUCCACGUGGCGACACUCUCAGUCGGAAUGAUGAGCCUGUGUCGGCACUCGACCUAAUCCAGCAACGGGUCCGGGCCAAGGCCGGCGUGACUGUGUCCUCGUCUAUCGUGGUCACUUCGAUUGUCGACAUUCGCCCCUCACAUCUGAAAGACUUUGUGGGGAAUCAGUCCUUCUGGCUCAAAUCCCGAAAUACGCUCUUUCAAGAUUUAAAGGCUGCCGAGCCGGCCAAGAACUAUUUGAUGGUUUGUGAGGCUGGGCGAUGCCAAAAUAUUGAUCUCUAG